UGGUCAGGCUAGAUGAUCUGUUCAUGUCCCUCCUGACCCUAGCUACUAUGAAACCACACUGUAGCCUUUUGUUGGCCAAGUUUUGUUAAAAUGUCUGAAAAGGGUUAACUGCUAAAACUUCCCAAAGAAUCAAAACUUACCGAGUGGCCCAAGUAAACAGAACAGAGGCCUUGCAGUUAGUGGAAAACAAGCUAGUUUUGGAAUGGACUUCUAAAACUGGAGACUUUGCAUUUGGGACAAAGAAAGGUGACACUGGACAUGUCUACAUGUGCAAUUAGCAUGCAGCAAUAAACUCCGGUGCAUAUUACUCCCAGGCACACUGCUUGACUGGGCACUUGGGACUGCAGUGUGUUGAGCCGGGAGCUUGGGGUCAGCCUGCCAGCCCAGAGCUGCUUCGACCUGGCACAAUGUGCUGUGGAGGGGCUGGUUGGGGCACGAGGAUAAUUCAGUGCAGGACUAGAUGGCAUGCAGCCCCUGCACUGAAGCCCCCUCUUGCCCCAGCAAGCCCUGUCAGCAUCUACGCGUGUGCUGCUGCAGAGUAAAAAAAGCUGCAGCAAGUUGGUACUUGUGUUUACGAGUACUACCCUUCUGCAGAGUUUAUUAGUUUACUCCAGCCUAGUAGCCCUGCACAUGUAGAUGCAAGACAUUUGCUGAGGAGCUAAUUAGUCUACUCCACAGUAAAUGCCUUGUGUAGACGCACCCACUGGGAUGCCUUUAUGUAAAGUGAAGGUACAGGUACAUACAUGAUCCACGUUCAGUUCCACAUGGGUGGUUUUUAUAUGAGUGGAUCAUGUGCGUCAAACAACCAUAGAAGAUAUAGAUACAUCAUUUGUAUAGGGGGGAAAAAAGCAAGUCAGGGAUUGAUGUAUCUUGUGUUAUUCCCCUACUGCCAGCAGCCAGAUCAGCUAUCCAACAGCAAUUAAAGGUUACUCCAGUAACAAACUCAUGACUUGUACUUCAUGUGUCUGAACUUGCAGACAGCAAGCUGUGGAACCUGUUGAGCCAGGCCUAUUUACACCCUUGGGGAAGCGUGGGCCUAGGCCCACUGAGUAAAACUAUAAGCCUUCCUCAAGAAGGCGGCCACGGAGGACAUAACAAUUGUUUCCUUGGGAAACAAAUCAAAAAAGCAGGGAAAGGAGUGAGGGUCGUAGGUUUGUAACGAGUGCACCAAGGGGGGACACUGAGCCAAGCACACCGGACACUGCUGAGCCAGGAGACUGAGCUCCCUCUGAAGAAGAGACCUCUUUACAUCCUGGCCAAAGUCAAAGGUCAGCCCAAACCUAAUGACCCAUUGGCCUAGUGUGGUUAGCAUCCAAUGUCCAUAGCCAAUGGCCCAUGCAGAGUGAAGCCAUCUCUGACUUCCCAGACAAACUGAGCAGGGACCAUCCACUGGGGGUGGCUUUUGUCAGUAGUCCAAAGCAAGGCUCUAGGGCUCUGUAGCAAGCCAUCUUAACUGCUCUACCAUCGUGUCCUCCACCAAUCCAGGACCCAUCAACUUCCUGGCUUGGGAGCAGAAGAUGCAUUGGUGUAGCCAGCAUGUGAACAAAGCCCUGCAUCCCCCAACAGUCAAUUUAUAAACACCCACGCUGGGAGGAGAUGAUCAGAAGCUGUUAACAUGGGUUGGUUUAGAACAAAUCCUAUCACGCUAACUUAAUUUCCUCCUUUGACAGGGUAAUAGGGGUGGUAGAUGAAGGGAACCCAGUGGAUAUCAUAUACCUGGAGUUUAUUCUUAGUAGGGCUUUUGACACAGCUCCACAUGCUAUUCUCAUAAGCAAGCUGGAGAAAUGUGGGCAAGAUCAAUUUACCCUUACAUGGAUGCUGUUUGAAUGCCCCAAAGCAAGCAGUAACUCUAGAUCAAUGUCCAGUGGCAGAAGGUCUUGGCUGGGGUCCCAUGUGCAUCUCUUCUGGCCCCAGCGCUGCUCCAUAUGAUAACUCAGCCAUGAACACCCAUAGCUACUGAUGCCCCUUUCCUCCAAGAAUGUGUCCAAUCCGUUGCUGAACCGAGCCAAAGUACGAGAUUCUGCAACAUCAGGUGGCAACGAGAUCCACACUUCAAUGACACGCUGGGUGUAAAAGAACAACCUUUGUUAUCUUUAGACUUACUGCCUACUCAUUUCAUAUCAUGAACACAAGUCAUGGAAGUCAGAUGACAACAAAUUUUUCUGAGCUCUGGCCACCAGACACGGAUCCAAACUGUGUUUUCUGCGUCGCCUUCAGAAUAAGGGUUGCCAACUCCAUUUGCAUCUAUUCCAGGAGGUUUCAUCACACGACAUAAUGACAUUAAUGACUGAUCAACUGUACUCUAAAACUCAUUCACUACAGAGCCAUCGUUUUGCCUUUGGUGGAAAUAAGGAGCAUUGAAGGAAUCAUGAUUUCACAUUUGAAGCCUAUUGCAUAAUUAAACAGUACUGCAAAAUCCCAUGUUGUAAUGGGAAUCUUAUUGUUAAAAAAACGAGAUCUGGUUAGGGAUAUUUUGCUUGUAUUGUGCAUGUUUAAAUGUUUGUGGGUCUGCAUCCAUGUAUACGUUAAUUUAAAAAUACAGAAAAUUAAAUAAUGUUAAUACCAUUAGUAAAAUGACAGAUACAGCAAAAGCUCAUUCAUUAACCUUAAAAUCUCAUUUUCCAGUAUCUUCGGAGCUGCUUUGUUUUGAAGGGCCCUCACCAUCAGCCAUUUCGGGGGCGGUUUUCUUUUGAAAGUGGGAGGCAGUUGCAGUGUAGCGAAGUUAGUAGACUAAAGAGACAACGCCAGCACGCCCGUGACACAACGCCAGCCUGCCCAGGAGAGACAACACCAAUGUGCCCAUGACACAUCAUGCAAACUUGCCCAUGGAAGAGAAUGCCAACAUGCCUGCGACACACAACACCAUCAUGCCCGCAAGAGACAAUGCCAGCAUGCCUGCAACACACAGCACCAAUGUACCUGCAACACACAAUGCCAUCGUGCUCACGAGAGACAAUGCCAACAUGCCUGCGACACACAACACCAACGUACCCAUGACACACAAUGCCAUCGUGCUCGCGAGAGACAAUGCCAACAUGCCUGCGACACACAACACCAACGUACCCAUGACACACAAUGCCAUCGUGCUCGCGAGAGACAAUGCCAACAUGCCUGCGACACACAACACCAAUGUACCUGCGACACACAAUGCCAUCGUGCCUGCAGAGACAAUGCCAAAGUGCCCACAAGACAACGCCAACGUGCCCAUGACACACAGCGCCAACAUGCCCACAAGAGACAGCGCUGAUGUGCCGGUGACACACACCACCGAUGUACCCGCGACACACAAUGUGAACGUGCCCACGACACCCAAUGCCAACAUGCCCGCAACACAUAACCCAAACGUGCCCACGUGCUUGUGUACAUCAGUUAUGAUUACGGCGCACAGACUUUACAUCAGGAAGGCAAACGCACAUGACUGUGACGUUUCAAAAACACACUAGACAACUGCAUAAAUCGGAUUCAACGUUUCAUACUUAUUUUAAUCGAUGCUCUAUCAUUUAUCUCCCAGGUGACUCUCAGAAGGCUCCUGGAGAUGUAUAUCUCAUUCGUGGGAAACUCCUGGAGGGUCAGCAAUGGCAACCCUGUAUGGGAUCCCGAAGAUGGCUCGCUCGCCUCGGCCUUCCAGAGCAGCCUGUCUCCCAACACGGAGACGAGCGGAGAAAACACUCCGCACGCCUCCAAACAGCACCAGGACACAGGGCGUCGAGUUUUAACAGCAGUGAAAUGUGUAGAGAUGAAACUUUUGGAGGAAAAAAAAUCUCCCUGCUGGGACAGAGGAACCAGCUGCCCCAGGAAGAUUGCAAUGCGGUUUGCAAGCAGGGGCUGCACAGGUGCAGCUGUUGCAGUGCCUUGAGAAGCAAUGCCCUGGGCUCCAGCCAACACCAGGAGACAGACGCUUUUCUGGCAGGAGGCGCAGGGCGGGGUGACCUACCGGAUCCCGGCGCUGCUCUACCUCCCCCGCACCCACACCUUCCUGGCCUUUGCCGAGCAGCGCUGCUCCGUCAAGGACGAGGACGCCAAAUGCCUGGUGCUGCGAAGGGGCUGGAAGCACGGUGCCUCGGUGAAGUGGGGACCCAUCGAAACCCUGACGGCAGCCAUGCUACCAAACCACCGCACCAUGAACCCCUGCCCGGUGUACGAGGAGGACAGCGGGACGGUCUUCCUGUUCUUCAUCUGCGUGAGGCAGCACGUGACAGAGCGGCACCAGAUCUGCACCGGGAGGAACGCUGCUAGGCUGUGCAACGUCGCUAGCAGGGACGGCGGCCAGACCUGGAGCCCGUUGACGGAUCUGACAGAGCAAGUGAUCGGGGAGGACCUGAAGAAGUGGGCCACCUUUGCAGUGGGGCCAGGCCACGGGGUGCAGCUCAGCUCUGGGCGGCUGGUGAUCCCAGCUUACACCUACUACAUUCACACCCGCUUCUGCGGCAUUCCCGUGUCCUGCUUCACCACGCCCCACUCCUUGAUCUUCUACAGCGAUGACCGCGGCCAAAAGUGGCAUAAAGGCAAGCACCUCAAGGGCAAGAGCACAGUGGAGUGUGAGGUGGCCGAGGUGAGAGACAAAGACAGAGGCCUCAUGCUGCACUGCAAUGCCCGCACCCCGGGCAAGUGCCGGGUGAUAGCGUUCAGCAGAGACCGUGGGGUGGUUUUUGAAAGACCUUCAUGGUGUAAGGAGCUGUGCGAGCCACCUAAUGGGUGCCAGGGCAGUGUGGUGAGCUUCUUCCCAAUGGAAGAGCCUGCUGUGGUGGAUGGUGUGGAAGGGACAGGCCCCGACGUGGGUGAGAAGACCUGCUUGGCACGCUGCAAGAACGCCUCUUCCACCACCUGCCAUGGUGCCACCUCAUGGCUUGUCUACUCCCACCCCACCAGCAGACACAGGAGGGUCGACUUGGGCGUCUACCUCAACAAGACUCCUUUGGAGACGAGCAGCUGGGAAAGGCCUUGGGUCCUCUACCAAGGGCCAUGUGGUUACUCGGACCUGGCCGUGUGCGAGGAGUCACCACCUCUGUUCGGCUGCUUGUUCGAGUGCGGGGUGGACUUCCCGUGUGAGCAGAUUGUGUUUCAGCUCUUCACCCAACAGGAGCUGGAGAGCCAUGGGGGCUCUUCUUCCUCCGAGCAGUAACCACAGACAAAGAUGGAUGGAUGUUGACCAGAUGGGGCAGUAUCCCAGGCAGGAAGGAUCACCUAAAGCUCUUCAUCUCAGUGCCACGGGGGGGGCAUUGAAACAACGAAGCCUGCUCGUCCAGAAUCAAUCUCCUGGAGCACCUAGGGACAGGCUUCAGGGGAGCUGAGCCUCCGCACUUCACAUGCACCUGUGGGUGCUCAGCCCUUCCGGCCCUGGAGGUGACCAGUUAGGUUUCCACCGAUCCCAGCCUGAUUUGCUACCGCUACCACUGCCGGGAGCCUCCAGACCAGCUUUCUUUGCAAGGUGGUUCAUUUUGGAGCCUCACGGGGCUGUUCUCCGGGUACCAGCUUACGUGUAGUACAGCCCAGACCAUUUGGUUUGAAAAUCCACUGAAAGCACCAGAUUCUCGGCGGGUGUAAAGUGCAUAGCCCCGUCGCCUUUAAUGGGGCUGGUUUACAGCCGUCCAGGAUCCGGGCCUGGGUUGCCCAGUCCACGGUCCAGAGUCAACCCUUGAUCUGCCUGCUGGGACUGGCAGCCCGGAUGGUGUGGCCUGUCACCCUGGGACACCCCCAUCCAUUAAGAACCAUGCUCUGUCCAAAGAGAGCUUGCUUGGAGAAGGGAAGAAAGGCAAUGAAAAAGAGUAUCUGCAGAAGAGCAGCACCGUAUAUGAUCCAAGGCACCUGCUGUCUGCAGUGGGGGGGCUGGCUAGCAUCUCCCACCACCUUGCUCGGGCCUGCUUUCCUGCAGUCCCUCUCCAGUAUUUGGCAAGUGCUCUGGAGAUGGAGGAUGCAUAACGAUGAGGGCCAAGCUGCCACACUUCUCUGCCUCUGAGCCUCAUCUUUGCAAUGUUGUGAUACAUCCCCUUUUCACCCUUCCUUGGCCAAGACUCGCAAGCCCAGGGACCAUUUUCCGUGUGAAUGUAUAUACAGCACCUAGCACAACGAGGCCUUGAUAGGGGUUGGGAUCCCUGGGCCGUGGGAAGUGGUCUGCCUAGCACCAGGCCACAUAUGCUAUCGUAGUGUUUUGAGUUAGAAGUUGGCUGAUGACGAUGCCUGGUUUUGCUAAGAGUGGCCCUUCAGUCCCCAAACCUCGGGAAACACUACACAAAGCAGUAAUUGUUUCAAAUGUUCUUUAGUCUGUAAGUAACAUUUCCUCUCGCACACACUUCAAGAGUCCAGGACGCCAGAAUCCUGGUUAAAUAGCUUAAAGUUUUUUUUCUUUUUAAGCACUGAAGCAUUCUUAGCUCUGCAGACUAACUCGAAUAUCACCGGCCUUUGUUUCACAGGCUUUUGGCUUGUUGCUUGUAGAAUCAUUUACCCACACAGCCCUGACUCCUGGACCCAUGAUCACAUACCACACUUGCAUACUCGAUGCACCUUCCCCCGCAAAAAAUCAACCGUCCAAAAUGACCUGGACUAGCUCCACCCUCCAAAAUGACCUGCACGCCAAGGUCCCUUCCAACCCUAAUUUUCUAUGAAAAUGAAGGGUUGUGUCUUAAGUGGGCAAGCCAGUUUUUCUUUGCUGGAAUAGAAACAGGGAAGAAAAGAAGCAAGCAGAUGCUGUGCUAACAUAGCUUCCACUUAUCCCUGGAAGUGCUGAAGCCAGCGGCCACUGUUAACCCUCUCGCAGCCACUGGUGAGGCUCUAGCACUUGGCUGAAGUGUCACUGAUCUCAGGCAGAGGGUGAGAGCUUCUGCGGGCAGUCUGUAGUAUCCUGAUGAGGCUUGAGGAGUGGAAGCAACACUAUUAUUUACAGGGACUUCUCAAACAAUUUCCAGUAAAGAAAUAACAGUCUUGCUACUGCAUUGCAAGGGUCGGAGGCCUUGCUUUUUUGCUGUUUUAGGAAGUUCCUGCUGCCUCCCCCAGGCUGUCCCCUGGGAUGCCACGCUUCCUCGAGGCUGUGUUUCCAGGAGGACUUACCCUAUGCCACGCGGUUGACUGUGAAUCUAGAAAAAGCUUUUGGUCUCCAUGCUGCCUUCCAAAAAUGCAGCGCCUGGCUUAUUGGAGGGUGUGUAGUAUGUGCAAUAUUAUGGUAGUUUAAGCAGCAGGAGAGUGUCUCCUUCCCGUAUGGCACAGCCCAUACUGCCCAGAGGAGAGGGAGCUGCGUUCCCUCCUGGUUCUCAGUCACUCUUGAAUUGCAGCUCUGUACAUCACCUGCUUGCAUAGACUAUUGUACACGAAACACUUCUGCCAGCGACAUGGCCUACGCUGGGUUCACAGAUGCUGUCCUGGAUGCCUCCGUGGUGGAUCGCAGCAGCUGUCACCUUUAUUUAGGGACAAGACAGGGAAUACAGGUUUGGUAUCAAGUUUUGCUCCAUACUGCUACUCCAUGAGGCCUCUUUGUAUCCAGGGUUGACCCCAGCUAGGGGUGCUCUGUGCAUGGCUCUGUAUGGACCGUGCUGCGGUUCAUGUCUGUCUCCUUCCCUAAGAUAAACGUCCUGUUCACUGCAACCUCAAAAAGGAGCACAGCUAGAGAUUUUUGUCACGUCUUUCCCAUAAAGGAGGCCCCAUGCAAAGCCUUUUGGAGAAGACUCCCUCUGGCAUGGAUGGGCUGUGGAUGUGACCCAUGGGGCAUUGCAGUCUCAGGACAACUUGCUUCAGAAGGAAGGCGCUGUAUCGGUUUGAAUGCAUCUUCCUGCACACACACAAAAAAAAGACUGCUUGGGAUUGUUAUACAGGGAGAAACAACAAGCCUGCUGUAUGGUACAAAAUUGUCCUUGCGGUGCCAGGCUGCACAGAAAUGGGUAUGAAUAAAACUUGCUUCUGAUA